GGCACUUUGUCUGAGUUGCCCUGCCCUCAGGGUUUGGCUUUCAUUCAGUCCAGCGGGCCCGAGUUUCUGCCCAACCUGGAAAUACGGGUACCGCAGGGACUGACUCGCGGUUGGUCUUUUCCCGGGGUUCCACUUGAGCAGAUCCGAGAUGAGAGUGACACCUUCCCGCGAAGCCAUCGGCACAACUUGUGCUAUGGGCGUGGCUGUGAAUUGCGGCCACUUGAAGUUCAUGGCUUUGGCAAGCUGAUGACCUUCUGGCCAAUCCCUCUGUUCAAGUCCAUAAAUACAGCAGUAUUCCCGGUUGACCCUGAACUUUGCACAGUUAGAGUUCAUUUCAGGUAUGCAUGCAAUCCGCAGUAUCUGGAAUGUUCCAUGAAAGGUGGGUCACUCCAUGUCCCUGCGGCCAGGGGCGGUGGGCUUGUCUCCUCUCCUUCUCUGUCGACAGCUGAGCCAGUAUGCAUGCAAUCCGCAGUAUCUGGAAUGUUCCAUGAAAGGUGGGUCACUCCAUGUCCCUUGGCCAGGGGCGGUGGGCUUGUCUCCUCUCCUUCUCUGUCGACAGCUGAGCCAGUCUAUGAAUUACAAAGAACAUCUUACCAAGGGGCACUGGAAAAUGUUUACAAUUUGCUUUCAACGUCUUACAUCGACAAAGGAGAAAAGCCCGACAAAGGAAAAUUCCUGCACUUCGACCAUCUCACGUUCUUGGUUGGAAAUGCCAAACAGGCAGCGUCGUUUUAUUGCACAAGACUUGGCUUCGAGCCUUUGGCAUACAGUGGACUGGAAACGGGAUCAAGAGAAGUCGUCAGUCAUGUUAUUCGACAAAACAAGGUUAUUUAUGUCUUCAAAAGCGCUUUGAAUCCCGGCAACCUCGAA